GGACGACCGAGCGGGUAUGCCUGGUGCAAGGCACAGCCGAAGCCCUCAAUGCCGUCCACAACUUCAUUGCCGAGAAAGUCCGAGAAAUCCCCCAGUCAGUGGUGAAACCCGAGUCCGUCAAUAUCCUGCAGCCACAGACCACCAUGAACCCCGAUCGAGCCAAGCAGGCUAAGGUGAUUGUCCCAAACAGCACAGCUGGGCUGAUCAUCGGCAAAGGCGGCGCCACCGUCAAAGCUAUCAUGGAGCAGUCCGGCGCUUGGGUGCAGCUGAGCCAGAAACCCGAAGGCAUCAACCUCCAGGAACGCGUGGUGACCAUCAGUGGUGAACCCGAACAGAUCCACAAGGCCGUCGACAUCAUCGUCCAGAAGAUCCAGGAGGAUCCGCAGAGCAGCAGCUGCCUCAACAUCAGCUACGCCAACAUUACUGGCCCGGUGGCCAACUCAAACCCAACCGGAUCUCCCUAUGCCAACUCUACAGACGUUCUACCAGCGGCUGCUGCGGCCGCCACCGCUUCAGGCUUGUUGGGCCACACCAGCCUGGCCGGGGUUGGCGCCUUCCCGGCUGCCCUGCCAGGUUUUUCCGGCAGCGACCUCUUGGCCAUCAGCACAGCGCUCAACACCUUAGCGAGUUACGGAUACAACACCAAUUCUUUGGGGCUCGGCCUCAAUUCAGCCGCCGCUUCCGGGGUCCUGGCCGCGGUGGCCGCCGGAGCCAACCCAGCAGCCGCGGCCGCUGCUAACCUCUUAGCUUCGUACGCCAACGAAGCUUCUACGAGUACCACGGCCCCAGCCGGUGCAGUUGGCGCCUUCACCUUGGGCUCUUUAGCAGCGGCCACCGGGGCGGCCAACGGCUACUUAGGGACCGCCUCCCCAUUGGUGGCCAGCUCCUUCCUAGCCACUGAGAAGCUAGUGGAAAGCGCUAAAGAUAUGGUGGAGAUCGCGGUGCCGGAAAACCUAGUCGGUGCCAUUUUGGGCAAAGGCGGGAAGACGUUGGUCGAGUAUCAGGAGCUGACGGGGGCCCGCAUCCAGAUUUCCAAAAAGGGGGAAUUUAUUCCAGGUACCAGGAACCGUAAAGUCACCAUCACCGGCACGCCAGCCGCCACCCAAGCCGCGCAAUAUCUCAUCAGCCAGCGAGUAACGUACGAGCAAGGAGUCCGGGCCACCAACCCACAGAAAGUGGGAUAGGAGGAGGCCAAAGCGAAGGCUUGGGGAGGGGAGGAAUCGGUUCAAUCAGCCCUUUAAUCGUGAAAAGUGGUAACCGCCAUGACCCCGGCCCCUGCCCAGUGCCCAUCCUCUCUGCCAUACACAAACACACAUACAGACACACAGACACACAGAUACACAGAGCCCCCUCCGUUUGGGAUGCAGCCCAUCAUAUUCUGCCGGACGUUUAUUUCACCAACGGUGUGGCCUGAAUGUGUAUAUAUUUCUCUCUCUCUCUCGGUCUCUCUACCUAUCUAUAUAUAUAUAUACUUGGCGACGU